AUGGGAAUGAUGGAAUGGGCAGCCGAGGUUCACUCAUACUCACAAGUCACAUGUGGGUUACCCAAAUUCUUCAUGCAUGCAGUUAAAGACCAGGGCUGUGUCCAGCACUCGGGAAAUGGUAUUGGAAAAUGCCCACUGACUUGUGCUAUUUUCAAUAUUUUCCUUUCAAUUAUUGCUGCGCUACUACACUUGAAUGUUCAUCUGGCACCUAGAAGGGCCAAGAUUGUGGAGGGUGACGCAAAAGCUACAGGUUGGUCUGAUAGGUUCUCGGGGCAAACAGGGUGCAACUUUGACGGAUCUGGGUUGGGUUCUUGCGUCAUUGGCGAUUGUGGGCCAAGGACCAUCGAAUGCAACGACGUCGGUGCUGCCCCACUAGCAACACCGACGGAGUUCACUCUUAAUACCGGUGGGCAAGACUUCUACAACGUGAGCCUCAUCGAUGGCUGCAACAUGUCGAUGAGAGUGGAAGGGAGUGGUUGGUCAGGAAUGUACGCAUCGAUGGGCUGCACGGUGGAUCUGAACCAGGGCUAUCCGACGGAGCUGAAGGUCGGAGACGACAGCGUGUGCAGGAGUGCGUGCGAGGCAUUUGGGAGCCCGGAGUACAGUUGCAGCAGCGCGUACAGUACACCUGCCACCUAA